CACCUCAGUCCGGCAAAAGCAGAGGGAGAGAGGAAGGCAGAUUGCUCCGCACGCCCACACAAAGAUAGAAGCAAAGAGAGAGGAGAGGCCAGCAUGCAGCGAUUGCAGUUCGCCGUCAAUGGAGGAAACUCAUCUGAUGUUUCUCACCACACAAGUCGCCACAUCGGCACCGCCGGCACGAAGCCGCUCCACAUCCGGAAUCGUUUUGAGGUUAGGGAUGAAAUGCCCUCAAUCUCCUCCUGUUCUCAUACACCUCCAAGACUGGAUUGGACUGAUGUCUUUCUUCCGCUUCAUCAUGAGUUACUGUCCUGAUUCUUGAAAUUCUCAGGUAUCUGCAAGUGGAAAUGGGUGAUCGAUGGAGAUAUAAACUUGCAUUGACUCUUGAGAACUGGGUGAUCGAUGGAGACAUAAACUUGUAUUGACCCUUGAGAACUGGGUGAUCGAGGCUCCCCUUCAUUGCUGAGGAGGCAAAGGAGGAGACCAAUGGAAAUGUUAGUUGUUGUUCUUGGAUAUUUGGCUCUUACUGCCAUGGUUCAUGGGCAGGAUCAAUCAGGCUUCAUAAGCAUCGAUUGCGGGAUAAAUCCGGGUUCCAGCUAUUUUGAUGCCUUAACUGAAAUAUACUAUGCAUCAGACUCAGAAUUCAUAGACACUGGAAUACAUUAUGAUGUUUCUGAGGAACACAGACCUAGGUUUGAAACUCGAGAUCAGCAGCUCAUGAAUGUGAGGAGCUUCCCUGAAGGAGCCAAGAAUUGUUACACUCUUCGACCGCAACAAGGCAAAGAUCAUAAGUACUUGAUCAGAGCUUCCUUCAUGUAUGGGAACUAUGACUCCAAAAAUCAGCUUCCAGUGUUCAAACUAUACGUGGGUGUUAAUGAAUGGGACACUGUGAAAUUCAGCAAUUCAUAUGAUGUUGUUCGGAAAGAAAUUAUACAUGUCCCGAGAACAGAUCACAUAUAUGUCUGUCUAGUGAACACUGGUUUUGGGUCACCUUUCAUAUCAGCAUUAGAGUUGAGACAACUGAAUAAUUCCAUUUAUGCAACUCAAUCUGGAUCAUUGAUACUCUUUAGGAGGCUUGAUAUUGGUUCAAAAACAAGUCAGACAGUCAGAUACAAAGAUGACGCUUUUGAUCGCGUUUGGGAACCAUUCAGCCGGCCUUAUUGGAAAUCAGUGAGCACAUCCUAUAGUAGUGAUACUUUAAGUGAUAACCACUUUAAACCUCCAUCCAAGGUCAUGGCAACUGCUGUAACCCCUGGUGAUGAAAGAUAUCCCUUGGAAUUCCACUGGAAUCUGGACAAUUCUACUCGACAGUUCUAUGUAUACACGCACUUUGCUGAGGUUGAGGAUCUCCAAUCCAACCAGUUGAGAGAAUUGUAUGUAUCACUUAAUGGUCGGUUCUGGAGUCCUGAACCUAUUGUUCCUGGAAGAUUGGUUCCACAUACUGGAUUUAGCGCACAUUCCAUAAGUGCAUCAUCUGAGCUAUCACUUUCAAUUUUUAAGACACACAGAUCCACUCUUCCACCAAUUCUCAAUGCUUUGGAGAUUUAUGAGAUAAAACAGUUGUUUCAAUCAUCAACUGUCCAGAGCAAUGUUGAUGCUAUCAAGAAAAUCAAGGCGGUGUACAAGGUGAAGAAAAACUGGCAAGGAGAUCCAUGUCUUCCCAUUGAGUUCUCAUGGAAUGGCCUGAGCUGCAGUGACAACAGUCCCAUUUCCCCUAGUAUCAUCUCUUUGAACCUUUCAUGGAGCAAGUUAACUGGGGAGAUAGAUUCUUCAUUCUCCAAUCUCACAUCAUUAAAAUCUUUAGAUUUAUCUUACAAUAGUUUGACUGGAGAAGUGCCACACUUUCUAUCUCAACUGCCUUCCUUGAAGACCCUGAACUUGUCAGGAAAUAAUCUCACAGGUUCAGUUCCAUUGGCUCUCAUUGAAAAGUCUAGAAAUGGAUCCCUGUCUUUGAGAUUGGAUGGGAAUCCAAAUCUUUUUAACAAAAGCUCCUGGGAGGAUGAGGAAGAGGAGGACAAAGAGAAGACCAAUAAUAAUGUUGUUGUUCCAGUAGUUGCAUCCAUUAUUUCAGUUCUAGUCCUCUUAUUAGGUGAAGUAGCUGCCUUGUGGAUAUUUAAAAGGAGACAACAACACGAUGGUAUGACAUUGGACUCAAAGAACUGGCACAUUAGUUACUCCGAGGUUGAUAGAAUCACUGACAACUUCAAAAAAAUGCUUGGCCAAGGAGCGUCAGCAAAAGUUUACCUUGGCCAUUUAAGUGAUGGCACUGAAGUUGCAGUCAAGAUGCUGACACCUACAUCAGUUCUAGUGUUUAAGCAAUUCAAGACUGAGGCUCAGCUGUUGACAAGAAUUCAUCACAAAAACUUGGUUUCUCUAAUUGGAUACUGUGAUGAAGGUUCAAGGAUGGUGCUCGUUUACGAGCAUAUGGCUAAGGGGAACUUAAAAGAGUAUUUAUCAGGUAAAAAAGAAGUUGUCUUGAGUUGGGAACAAAGGCUUCGAAUAGCCAUUGAUGCAGCACAAGCAUUGGAAUAUUUACACGAUGGUUGCAAUCCACCCAUAAUCCAUAGAGACAUUAAAACUGAAAACAUCUUAUUGAAUGAAAAAUUUCAAGCCAAAGUUGCAGAUUUUGGGUGGUCCAGAAGUAUGCCCUCUGAAGGUGGAAGCUAUGUAUCAACUGCAAUUGUUGGCACACCGGGGUAUGUCGACCCCGAGUACAACAGAACCUCAGUACCAAGUAAGAAAACUGAUGUUUAUAGCUUUGGGAUUGUUUUAUUGGAGCUUAUUUUGGGUCGACCUGCAAUCAUAAAGACCACAGAAGAGAGCCCAUGUAACAUAGCAGAUUGGGUUCACCAAGUCACUGCAAAAGGUGAUAUAAAAAUGAUUGUAGAUCCAAGGUUACAAGGAGAAUUUGAAACGAAUUCUGCCAGGAGAGCUGUAGAGACAGCAAUAUCUUGUGUGCCACGCAGCUCCAUAGAUAGGCCAACCAUGAGUCACGUGGUACUGGAAUUAAAAGAAUGUCUGAAAAUAGCCAUCGCCCACAAAAGAACUGACAAUGCUGAAGAGGAACAGGAUCAUAUUAGUAGUGAAGCUGUCCAUGAAAGAACUGACAAUGUGGAAGAGGAUCAUGAUCCUUUUGGUAGUGAAGCUGCCCAUGAAAGAAGUGAUGAUGCAGAAGAACUUGGUCCUCUUGCUUUUGAAGCUGCCCAUGAAGCAACCGACAAUGCCAAAGAGGAGCAGGGUCCUGUUCGUAUUGAAGCUACACAUGAAAGAAAUGACAAUGGGGAAGAGAGCCAUGGUCCUGUUGGUAUUGGAGCUGCCCAUAAAAGAAAUGACAAUGGAGAAGAGAACCAGGGUCCUGUUGGUAUUGGAGCUGCCAAUGAAAGACAUGACAACGGGAAAGAGGGCCAUGGUUCUGUUGGUAUUGGAGCUACCCAUAAAAGAAAUGACAAUAGAAAAGAGAACCAGGGUCCUGUUGGUAUUGGAGCUGCCCAUGAAAGACAUGACAAAGAGAAAGAGGACCAUGGUCCUGUUGGUGUUGAAGCUGCCCAUGAAGUUACAGACAAUGCAGAAGAGAACCAAGGUCCUAUAGGUAUUGAAGCCACCCAAGAAAGAACAGACAAUGUGGAAGAGAACUGUGGUCCUGUUGGUAUUGAAGCUGCUCAUGAAAGAACUGAUGAUUCAGAAGAGGACCAUGGGCCUGUUGCUAUUGAAGCCACCCAAGAAAGGAUUGACAAUGUAGAAGAGGACCAUGGUCUUGUUGGUAUCCAAGCUGCCCAUGACAGAAAUGAUAAUUGUGAAGAGGACCAUGAUCCUUUGAGUCUUGAAGCUGCCCAUGAAAAAACUGACAAUGUGGAAGAGAACCAUGGUCCUGUUGGCAUUGAAGCUGCCCAUGAAAGAACUGAUGAUGCAGAAGAGGACCAUGGUCCUGUUGCUAUUGAAGCCACCCAAGAAAGAACUGACAAUGUGGAAGAGGACCAUGGUCUUGUUGGUAUUGAAGCUGCUCAUGACAGAAACAAUGGUGAAGAGGACCAUGAUCCUUCGAGUAUUGAAGCUACUCAUGAAAGAACUGACAAUGUGGAAGAGGACGAUGGUCCUCUUGGUAUUGAAGCUACAACGGCUAUCCAAGAAAGGACAAACUCAUAUGAGGAGGCCAAAGAAAAGGAGAAGAAGAAGAAGAAGAAGAAGAAUGUUGUUGUUCCAGCAGUUGCAUCAAUUACUUCAGUUGUAGUCCCAUCAGAUGUAGACAUUGUUGUCAAACAUAAUGAGGAUGAUAAAACAUUUGAGCCAAAGAACCAACACGUCAGUUAUUCUGAGGUUGAAAGAAUCACUGACAAUUUCCGAAAGGAGCUUGGAAGAGGAACAUCAGCAAUAGUUUAUCAUGGUCGAUUUAGUAAUGGCACUGAAGUUGCAGUCAAGAAGUUGUCACCUUCAUCAAUUCUUGGGUUAAAGCAAUUCAAAGCUGAGGCUCAGCUUUUGACAAGAGUUCAUCAUAAAAACUUGGUUUCUCUAUUUGGAUACUGUGACGAAGGUUCAAACAUGGUGCUCAUUUACGAGUAUAUGGCAAGGGGGAAUUUAAAAGCAUAUUUAUCAGAAGCUGUCCUGAGUUGGGAACAAAGACUUCGAAUAGCACUUGAUGCAGCACAAGCUUUGGAAUAUCUACACAAUGGUUGCAACCCACCCAGAAUCCAUAGAGAUGUCAAAACAGAAAACAUCCUAUUGAAUGAAAAAUUGCAAGCCAAAGUGGCAGAUUUUGGGUGGUCUAAAAGUAUGCCUGUGGAAGGUGGAAGCUAUGUAUCAACUGCCAUUGUUGGCACACCUGGGUACCUCGACCCUGAGUAUCACAGAAACUCAGUGCCGAAUGAGAAAACCGAUGUUUAUAGCUUUGGGAUUGUUCUGUUGGAGAUUAUUUCAAGUAGACCUGCUAUCAUAAAGAUCACAGAAGAGAGCCAAUGCAACAUAAUAAAUUGGGUUUGCCCCAUCAUUGCAAAAGGGGAUAUAAGAAUGAUUGUAGAUCCAAGGUUACAAGGAGAAUUUGAGACCAAGUCUGCCAGGAGAGCUAUAGAGACAGCAAUUUCCUGUGUAUCAUUCAGCUCAACUGAUAGGCCUAUCAUGAGUGACAUAGUAGUAGAAUUAAGAGAGUGUCUAAAAAUUGCAAUGCCCCAUGGAAGAACUAACAAUUUGGAAGAGGGUCAUGCUUCUACUGUUGGUGUUGAAGCUGCAAGGACUGUUCAAGAAAGUUUGGAUGGAAAUCAGGAUUUCCGUAAGACAGACUCAUAUGAGAAGGCUAAGGAGACAGAGAAGAGGAAGAAGAAAAAGAAUUUUAUUGGUCCAGCAGUUACAUCAAUUACUUCAGUUUUAGUCCCCUCUGGAGCAUUAGCCAACUUGGGAAGAUAUAAAAAGAAAUGGCCACGUGGUAAAGAUAAGAAUUACUCUGCAUUCGAAAUAACCCCUCACCGAAUCAGAGUAACUAAAUUCCAGUGUCUACACUUUAGUUGCUCUGAUGUUGUAAGAAUCACUGACGAAUUCAAAAACGAGAUUGGAAAAGGAGGAUCAGCAAAAGUUUACAGAGGCCGUUUGAGUACUAGUCAUACUGAAGUCGCUGUCAAGGUGCUAUUACCAUCAUCAGAUACUGGGUUUGAGCAAUUUCGAAAUGAGGCUGAGCUGUUGACAAGAGUUCACCAUACAAACUUGGUUUCUCUGCUUGGAUGCUGUUUUGAAGGUUCAAGCAUGGCUCUCAUUUAUGAGUAUAUGGGGAAGGGGAGCUUAAGAAAGUAUUUAUCAGAUGAAAAUGAAGCUGUUUUGAGUUGGGAACAAAGAGUUGGAAUAGCAAUUGAUGUAGCACAAGGACUGGAUUAUUUACAUCAUAGUUGCACGCCACCCAUAAUCCAUGGAAACAUUAAAUCUGCAAACAUCUUAUUGAAUGAAAAAUUGCAAGCCAAAGUGGCAGAUUUUGGGUUGUCUAGAAGUGUAUCCAAGGAAGAUUCAACUUAUUCAUCAACUAUGGUCGUUGACCCAUAUGGGUACCUUGACCCUGAGUGUUCCUUAAGUUCAAGGUUGACUAAGAAAAGUGAUGUCUAUAGCUAUGGAGUUGUUCUAUUGGAGCUUAUUUCAGGCCGACCUGCAAUAAUAAAGAGCCGAGAGGGGCCAGUUCACCUAGUAGAAUGGGUUGGUCUCCUGCUUGAUAGGGGGGAAAUCGGGGGUAUUGUGGAUCCGAGGUUAAAUAUUGGAGACUUUGACGUCAAUUCUACCCGGAAGGCUUUAGAAACAGCCAUGGAUUGUGUAAAACUUAAAUCCAGUGACAGGCCAACCAUGAGUGACAUAUCAUAUAAAUUAAAAGUAUAUGAAUUAUUUAGCAAGAACACGUAGGGAUUGCCAAAUAAGGCAUUACUUCUCAGAUUCCGGUGAACAUCUAUUUGUAUUUCACUAUUUUGAAUAAUAAUGCUCUUGCCAAUUCUAUAAAAUAAAUUGAACCCAUCA